UAUGUGACAGGAGUCUAUGGAGGGGCUGCUGCAUUGUUUUGAUUAGGAAAAACCGCUUGGACGCGAACAGAUACGAAUUACGUCGUCAAAGUUCAGUUUCUAACGCAUGGUGUUACUGUAGUCCCUCUGCAGACAUGGAGGAGCAAGCAGGUUCUCCUGCAGCCAACACUGAUACCAACAACCAGAGAAAUGGAGACGAGAAGCCCCGGCGUGGCAGCUGGACCAAGGGGAGAAAGAGGAAGAAGCAAAUGAAAGACAGCAACGCACCCAAGGCCCCCUUAACAGGUUACGUCCGUUUCAUGAAUGACAGACGGGAGCAGCUACGAGCAGAGCGUCCAGACGUGCCCUUUCCAGAGAUUACGAGGAUGCUGGGCAACGAGUGGAGCAAGCUGCCCCCUGAGGAGAAGCAGCGAUACCUGGAUGAAGCCGAGCGAGAUAAGGAGCGCUACAUGAGGGAGCUGGAGAAGUACCAGAAGACGGAGGCGUACAAGCAUUUCACCAGGAAGGUCCAGGAGAAGCAGAAGGGCAAGCGGCAUCGUGGAGAUGUUGGACACCAGGUACCCAACGAGGCACUUCAUGAGAAGGACGCAGAAGGGAAGGACAGAACUGUAUUUGACAUUCCAAUCUUCACAGAGGAGUUUCUUAACCACAGCAAAGCACGCGAAGCAGAGAUGCGGCAGCUGCGCAAGACUAACAUGGAGUAUGAGGAGCGCAAUGCGGCGCUACAGAAGCAUGUGGAGAGCAUGCGCGGGGCAGUGGAGAGGCUAGAAGGUGAUGUGAUGCAAGAGAGGGGGCGCAACAGCCUUCUCUACCAACACUUGGAGACCCUGCGGCAGGCGCUCACCUCCAGUUUCUCUGCUGUACCUCUGCCAGGCAGCGGAGAGACGCCCUCUUUAGAAAGCAUCGACUCCUACAUGAAGAAGCUCCACAGCAUCAUUAUCAGCAACCCCCAAGAACACGAUAACCUCAUCAACACCGUGAGGGAGGUGGUCAACCGUUUGGACAGAUAAUUGGACAACAGCUUCAGAAUCCCAGCCACAAUAAGCAGAUGCUGUUUCCAGGAUGAUGAGCUCCUCGUUGACAGUGAACUCUCCAUCUGUCGUCCCAGUUUUACAAGAGCUGUUAUUACUCUUCUAAGGUGAUGUAGCAUUUCAUAUUUAUUUAUUGUUUGUUUUAUAUUUUUACCUUCUUUUUUUUCCUUUCAUGCUAUUAGUAAAACUGUUUUUUUAUUAACGAUUAGAUGACAUGACAUGAAACAGAUCUCUGUGUUUCCAUGCUCCUGUUCCGUCGUCACUCUCUACAUUUUCUUGCACAGUCGAGUCGAGCUACUAUGCCAUUACAUUGGACUACUGUCUUUGUUCCAGCAUGAGUGGGGGGGGAUUAAUUUAUGGCCUUCAGUGUGUCCACCUCUGUUCCACUGGUGGCGAAAACACCCCCUUUCAGCUUGAUGGUAGUAGAUGCUUUCAGGUUUAGCAUGUGGCUAGUUGUUAUUCAGAAUCUUCCUACCAUCCAUUAACUUAAAAAUAGCAGAUUCUUUAAACUGAUAGAGCAUUAAAUUGUGUUUUUCUUUUGUCAUGUUUUAUUGUACCGACUUGAAUUUCAUCAUGUUUUGGUCAUGGUUGACUUAUUCCUCUGUGUAUCAACUUCUAUUAUUUCCGGGUAUUAGCCAGAGGUGGGAGCUGUGGCACACACAUUCACGCAGAGCACCCAGACCAGCUUGAGUCUGACUCUGAUCCGACUGAAAGUAUACAUGCAGUAGUGGCUUUGCUCCCAAUCACAUUGUCUGGCUGUGUUAAUCCAACUUUAGAAAAAAAAUAGAUUUAAUACAUGUUUUCAUGUAUUUGAAAAUAACUAACACAAUAUCUUUUUUUUUUCACGACAUGUGAACAUACUGACUGUACUUUUGACUGCAUUUCCAUCCAACAAUAUACUGUAAAAAGGUUUAUAUCUAAUCAGAG